CCGAGGGUUAUAGAUGGCGGGGGGUGGGGGAGAGUGUGUGAGUGGAGGGUGAUGACAUCCCAGGUUUUGCUGUGUUAUGUUCGGCUGUGACUGGAGCUGAAGCAGUUGAUGUUCUGUCUGUUUACAGAUGUGUCUCAGUCGGUCCGGAGGCGCUCAGAGCGACUGUCAGGAGCCAAGAAAAACAAAGCGUCUCCGGAGAGGGAGGGAGGCCCUGGUCCGGCUCCAACCUCACAACUUUGCUCCUCAGGGAUGGAGAAGGGUGUGGAGGGAAUGAGGAGGGUGGCUGUAGUGAAGCACUCCAUUGUUCUGAAGAAGAUCGAGCCUGAGAGACGGCUGUUGAAAAGGGUUUCAGGGGAAGCAGCUCACAGCCACGGGGACUCACAGAUCAGCAAAGCCCUGAGACGCAGCCCUCGGAUCAGUAACCAGUCAGUGAAGGAAAAUGUGGACGUGCGUGAAGCAGAGCCUGCGGUGACCGGGGAGGUGGGGCCUGGGAGGGGAGAAGCCACAGAGCGGAGCGGGGCAGAGAGAGGCCACUUGUCCCCCGUCGCCCUGAACAGCCCCAACCCCCGGGAGCUGCUCAUGUCCCGCAAAGUGCGUCGCUCGUACAGUCGUCUUAGCCCCGCCCCCAGCGAUGCCCUCACUGUGCUCGACUCCAUCCACACCUCCACACCAGACGCUCCCCCUAGGAAGCGCUGCUCCUUGUUUGGCUUUGAGCGGCUGCUGCAUGGGGAGGGGCUGAGUGGGGAGGAGGAGGGGCUGUGCGGGGAGGGGCUGGGGGCGGUUUCUCCAGUGAUGGGGCCCUCGCUCAGCAUGAAGCCCCCAGUGAAGCCGCCCUCGGACCGGGGUCCGCCCAUUUCCCCUGACGGGAACAUUCCCGGCAUCGCAGUCGGCAAAGAGAAGAGGAAGAGACGGAAGAUUCCGCAGAUCCAGGUCUCGGAGCUGGAGGAGUGGGCCGCACAGAUGAACGCGAGUUUUGAUGAGGCAGAGCGCUUCCCGCUGCUGGUGGAGUGAUCGAGCGGUGUCCCUGAGAAACUCCGGCCUCUCCCUAACCUGUGAACCUCCAUGAAGGAAUUUCCUCCCAGGACAAUAGCCCGGCCAACGACUGCCCCCGCCCGGCACAGUGUAUAGUGAGUGACUGCCCACGGAUACAAUGUAUAGUGAGUGACUGCCCACAGUCUAUAGUGAGAGGUUAGUGACAGUGCCCAGCUCUAUCUGUAAAUACUGUUUGUUGUGAUGUUUGGGGACUAUGCACUGGGGGGCGGGCGAGCUUUAUACCUGACACUGUCUGCUCUUCCCCUUGUGCCCAGCCUGUGGGACUCUGUGACCUGUUACUGUAAGUGUUGAUCAUCAAGUUAAUAAUAAACUAACUAGCUGUUGUUUAUACUG